CAGACGCAGACGCGCGAUAAACCCGAGAAAAGCUUGUUUGCGAUCCCAGAAACCCAUAGAUUAUAAUAACUGCCAAAACACAGGCUAUCAGUGGCGUGUGCUGCACUGGCUAAAAGCGGGGCCAUUGUUUUUCUGGCAAAUACUGGCGUUCAGUGGAUCAAAGUGCUGUUAAAGUGAAACGAGCUGUGGCAAUUGCAUUGACAAAGGAAGUGAGUGAACGGGUUUCGGCCAGUAUUUUCACCAGGCCAAAUCUGAGAGCCGACGCAGAGCGGCAGUGAAUGCAAUUCCGUUUUCGAAACACACAGAAACGAAAGUCUGGCGAAGAAAGUUCUCCUCCGACGAAUGCAAAAAUCGAAUUAGCAGCAAGUUGAGUGAACUAGAAACUCCUGGAGGAAUUACACGGCCCAGAGUGAAGAAGGAACCUGCACCAAAUCGAAUCGAAGCGAGGACCUUGGCAUGCGAUUGCAGCUGCAAGGCGAAGGAUAAUGAAAAUGGGGAGCCAGGCCAUCGACGGAGCGAAAUUAAAAGCAAACAGCCACAGAAAGCGGCGAUGCAGUCCGCUGUUGUUCGGAAUUAUCUUUCUCUGCAAAGUAGCGAUGAUAUCAGCAGAUGGUCCCGAACCGGGGCCCCCCUACAGUCAGCCCCUCACCACGAUGGCCGGCCAGCCGCGCAACGACGACACCUUCCGCCCCAUCCUGCCCAUCGACAUCAGUCCGGAGUUCAUUUCCCGCAAUGUGUUCACCAAGUCGGGGCAGUACAGAGUCUUCCAGCCGGCCGAGAGUGAGAGCGAUCUUCGCCUGACGGUGGCCAUGAGGCGCAGGAACUUUAAGGACUCACCCAAAAAAGAGGAUGCACCCCAGAGCUCACCAGGUAGCGCGAGCAACUCCUCUGCCUCCAUCGAAGCCGAGCUGAAGGGUUUGGAGGAUCUGCUGGUGGACUAUGUGGAGCAGUUCUUCAGCCAGGGAAAAUUCGAACCCACUCCCGGCUUGGUCCUGGCCCUCCAGCAGAACCACUCACAACCACAAUCUCAGACUGGGAAGCGCUCAGCCCGCAGCAUCUUGGAGGACACCAAUGUCGAGCUGAAUGUUCCAAGGGCUUUCCAGAGUGCCCGGCUGCUUUUCUUCAGCGGUUUGAAGAAGGUGAUGUGGCCCAUCUACAUGGGUCUACAAGUUCUGAAGAGCGUGCUCUUCGCCAUGUUCCUGCCGACCAUCAUAAGCAGUGUUAGCCGGCUGAUUGGCAAAGGCAUAACUUCCGGCUCGGCUGGCUCGGUGCCGCUGUUCAUCCGCCCCAUGGAACCGCCCCAGGAACUGGACUUCCGGGACAACAGCAUGAACUUCGAUGACGACAGCAAAUUCUCCCUGGCUGACGAGGGCAAAACCCCGGCUGGCUACGAGUACAAUGCAGAGGCUUCCCAGCAGCAGGCGCAGUAUGCUCAGGUCAAUGGUAAUUCGGUGAACCAGGCCACUCUUUCGCGAUACGGAGGUCAGCAGAUGAUGCAGGACACGUACCUCAGUGCCCUGCAGAGCAUUGGAGCUGCCUCCUUCAAGAACUCCCAGAGCAUGUCGGGAUCCUUCAGCGCCGGAGCUGGAGGAGGUGCGCCCGGAAUGACGAAGAAACCAACGCCGGCGGUGAUGAAAACAUUCCAAAGCUUCCAGAAGGUGCCCAGUUCCUCGCUGCUGCUGUCCAACUACGACCCCUUCUACAGUCCCCUGCUGUCCCGGCUGGACUCGGUCUUUGCCCAGCUGAAGCUGAACCCGGAGAACGAGUCCUGCCGCGAGAAGCUCAUCUGCCUGAUGUACGCCAACCCCGCAAAGUAUGCUCCGUACAGCAACCUCGUCUCCGCCCAACUGAGCAGGGAACUCAACGAGCUGCGGAAGCCCACGUCCGACAACCCGGACAUCCUGCGGUUCUUCAAGUACAUGCGGGCAGCAAAGGACGGCCAGGAUGGGAUCGACUGCGAUGAGUCCUUCGCCAAGUGCAAGGAGCUGAAGGACUUCGAGAACCCGGCCAUGCUGUCCACCUACAACGACAUCAACAAACUGGUCCAGGCCCGCAAGCUGGCGUAGACGGGGUUGAAAAGUCAUUCCCGGGGGUCACAGAUGACAGCAACGUAAAGUUCGUGGGAGUCACGUCAAAAGUCCGUGCGACUGGGUGUAAUUAUGCAAAUCGUACUUUAGAUAGGAUAGCCUAGCCAUAUAUAAAAGUUCGUUAGACGGCUGCUGUCAGCGGAGGGUGGGGGUGGGUU